AUGAAGUCAGAUAUUGCGGACCAUGUUUGGUCAAAACAGCACAAUAUAAAAUCAGAAGUACGGGUUGUCCACAGGGAACCUUAUGGGAAAAAGCAUUCAAUGCAAACGCUGUGCAAGAACCACUUUUUGCAACAGCUUUAUAGAAAAAUCGACGGAGCUGUGUUGUGGAGUCAAAACGAACGAAACUUGGAUUGCGUCAUCACCUUUCAAACGCAUUCGAUACUGCAAAGGUUUAUGUUGCGUUUCGACGGCUUGCAACUCGACUGUAAUGAUCAUCUUUUUAUAUACGAUGGUGCCCAUGCUGUAGGCACUUACAAGUUUGAUUUGUCUUGCAAGAACACGAAACAGACUUUAGGCGCUAUGUUUACUCGAACCAAUUAUGUCACCCUCAAAUACGUCACCGACAGUUGGGGCACGGAUUCCAACGGCUUCAAGCUAGUAAUAACGGCCGUAAAGGACCCCAAGCACACGUGUACGGAGUUCCGUUGCAAUCUACGGGAGUUCUGUAUUGCCACCGACUUAGUAUGCGAUGGCAUUAAUCACUGUGCGGAUGGUUCUGAUGAAUCGUCCAACAAUCUUUGCCAAAACAACGACACGGGAACCAUCCUUGGUCUAGAAGUGACCUGGUUUGUAGUGGUAGUGAUCAGUACCUUUCUGGUGUUCCUAAUGCUCAUUCUGGGCGUUUCCAUCUGUGCUUGUAGAAAAGGAGGCUGGAGUCACCGACCAGGGAACUCAGUCGCCCAACAAAACGCUUCUUAUUCAUUAGGUCAAAUGUACGGAUCCAACGGCCAAGUGGUGAAGGUGAGCAGCGGCAGCACCACGACGCUGGCCGACGGUCACCACCAAGCCGCCGCCGCCACGAUAGCGCCGCCGUCGUCGGGAAACUGGCGCCGCCCUGCGGGCCCGCCCGGGUUCCGCAAGCCGCCGGCCCGGGACCGCCCCUACUGCCCGGCAGGGUAGGCCGAGGCGCGUCGCCCGCCGCCCCCCAGAACGGUCAGAGCGACGGGCCCGCGCAGAAGGACGAGUGGUUCGUCUAACAGUAGGAGCAUCCGGGUCGUAGCCUGCAGGGUGAGCCGAGCGAACACCGAACCCAGCGCUCGGCGUCCAGCGCAGAUCCCUACGAUAUCGACCGUCCGCGCCACCUAUCAGCGGACUGUCGCCACCUUUUUCUCCUUCUAGAUUCUCCUCCAACAACUUGCGAAUCUUAACGAUAAGUAUUUUUGUAUUUGGUCGAGCGAACGCGACGACUUAACGUUUAUUCGCGAUAUUUUCCUUUCUACG